GUUUAAGACUGCACGGAAUUAUCAAUAAUGGCUGCCCAUGGGGAGGAUUUCUUUGGUGAAGAUGAUUUUGAUGCAAUCUUGGCUGUUAUUGAUGAAGAUUUAUUAGAGAAAAAUCGUGAUUUAACUAAAGAAUUAUCCGAAAUUGUUGAAGAAAUAGUUGACGACCCUUCUGAAAGCUGUUUUUUCUGUGAUAUAUGCUCCAAAACAUGCAAAACACAACGGGGACUCACAAGACACCGAAAUGCGAAACAUCGUCAGCCACAAAACCAGUUAAAUGACGACAGCCUCACUACUGCUGAAACCAAGCUCCAUCCGUUAUACUUUAAGAAGUACACCCAAUUAAGUGCAAGUAAACUUUCUAAAGAUGAAUGCUAUAGUGAGAAGACCAGAAAUGAAUUUGUCAAUUAUGUUAUUACAAACGACGAUACAAACUUUUCCUAUAGUUUUGUCAGAGAUGUGAUUGGUAGUUUUAAAGGCGAUGCUGAAAAGUUUUAUCCGGCCUUCUAUAAAUCUGUGUCUGUAAAUAUUGUUUUCAGAAAUUUAUCAAAUCGAAGCUCUAUUCUCCUUGGUUUUGAAGUGGCUAAUCACGUACUUGCUCAUCUCACUAAUUCAACUGUAAAAGAAAACACUGUAGAAUUUUCUUCCCAUGUGAAUUUUUCACCCAAAGAAAGAAACAUAAUUCAAUAUCUAAGUGGUUAUGUAUUUAGUACCCUAUAUCGUCGCAUUAGGAGAUCAAAAAAAUCAAGAAGUAUGCUUGGAGUUCAAAGUUUGGACAUCUUAUUAGCUGGAAAGUCAUGUCUUGUGGAAGACGAUAAAAAUUCUGAUUUAGUAAAUAUGAAGGACAGAGGAGGGUUAUGGUCAGUAACCGAUGAUGUUUUCAGAAUUUUUUGUUGUGCAGAACUUGAAGUUCGUGCUGCAACUGCUAAUUUUCACCAUACAAUUGAUAGUAAGAAAAUUUUUUCAGACCUGCUUGAGAACCCUGUUGUGCUUUGUAAUUACAACAAAAUAACAUCACACUCAACCAAAAAAGUCACAAAAGAAUUAGCAAUGAACUUACUUGAGCAUCUCAUUAUGCUUUAUGUUCGUGUUCGUGUUUUUUCAUUUGUGAAAGAUAAAUGUGAGCUGCACAAAAUUGCAUCAAAACAGAAAAAAGCUCGAUCUCUACGCACUGAAAUCAAGAAAUCUUCAAGCAAUCUUUCAGAUGGACAUUGACACUAAGAGUCCAGAACAGUGACUAUAAACCUGUUACAACUGCUAUUUUUAUAGCAACAAAUUUUAAAACAAUAUUAUUUUGGCACAUGGUAUAAUAAAUAAUUAUGGAAGUCUACAAAAAGGUCCAGGUAGUGUAUAUAGGUUUUAAGGUAUUUUAAAAUAUUUUUUAUUAAUGUUUGUGUUAAGCAGAAAUACAGUGCUUGUUCUUGCUUAUUAAGCCAAUUUAAUGUUUUUUAUAAAUGUGUGGCUAUAAAAAUAACCGUUUUUAGUUUCUUCUUUCUUCCAAGUGUGUUUAAUUGCUC